CUCUGCGCUACAUGGCAACCAAUAACCUACAAGAUUAGUGAAACGGUGGAACUGAGGACGAACCAAUCACCUGUCUGCUAUUAAACUGAAAACUCAACUCAUCAAAACUCUGUUCAUCUACAUCAGCUGUUUGUUUAAAUAUAACCCGAUAUUGAAUUGAAACAUAUCAACAUAACCUGCAAGUUUGUUUAUGUUGUUGAAAAAUGAAGACAUUAUUUAUUUAAUCAAAUACUAAUUGAAAAGGGUCCUGAACUGGAGAAAACUGAGUUGUGACUGAUGACCCUGCUUCUGAUUGUGAUGAGGAGGAAUCAUUUUCAAUGCAUGAUGAACUUUCUGACUUGUAUGUAGCCCUUAUAAGUGACAUUAAAGUUCUUUUGCCAGUUGAACCUGUUGUAACACCUACUCCACCUCCAGCUUCUCUGCGCCUGCCUAAAUUUGAGUUGCCUAAAUUUAGUGGUAACUAUGAAGAGUGGGUUAGUUUCUAUAAUAUUUUUGAAGCCUCUGUCAAUGCGAAUAAUUCUGUCUCCCCAGUGAAUAAGUUUCAGUAUUUGCUUAGUGCCCUGAGUGGUGAGCCCUUAGACUUGGUUAAGAGUCUUAAUAUUACUCCUGAAAACUAUGUGGUAGCCCUUCGACUUCUCAAGGAUCGCUAUGAAAACAAGAGACGUAUUGUCACUCAGCUUGUUACAAAAAUUCUGGAUUUGUCGCCCAUUACUAGUGGUUCGCUUAAGAGCUUACAAUCAUUUCUCACUGUAUAUAAGGAAAAUACUCAAGCCUUGAAAAACUUAAAUCAUGACAUUACAACUGAAAACACCCUGUUAGUCUUAACACUUUUAAAGAAGAUCCCAGCUGAUAUUAGAAAAUCUUUUGAAGACUCUCGCGCCUUAAACAACGAGAUCCCUCUUGUUAAUGAUUUAAUGACCUUUCUUGAAAUGGAAUUCAAACGUUUAGAAGGUGCUAGUAUUUGUCUCAGUUCACCAUCUACCUCAAAGUAUUCCACUGGCCUAAAGUGUCCUACAAACAUAACUAGGCCUAAUAAGUUUACGCGUGAAAGUAAGCCACAUUUCACCAACCAUACAAAAACUGCUCUUGUCGCCACAACCAACUCUUGUAGAUUUUGUCAAGCUGCAGAUCACAACAUAUACAAGUGUCAAGCUUUCCUAGCUAGAAGUGUGAGUGAAAGAUCUGAGUUUAUUCGCAAGAAUAGGAUUUGUACAAACUGCCUCGGUUAUCUUCAUAACACACUCAACUGCCCCUCAAGUAAAGUGUGUCAGAUUUGUUCCAAACAUCACCAUACUCUAUUGCAUGAGCCCACACGUAGUUCACUUCAGGCACAGUCAAGCUAUCAAACUAAGCUGUCUCCUCAAAAUAAGACCUACACACCUAAUUCAUCUUCAAAGAAUACAACAACUAUUAAUCCUACUGCUUCUACAAACGUUAACGCUUUUGUAGGAUUGUCUAGUCAACUCAAUCCAACUAAAACCACAAUCCUUCUUGGUACAUGUUUAGUUCAUGUCUCUUCACAACAUGGUCAACAUACUGUACUCCGUGCUGUGCUCGACUCCGCUGCCCAACUUACCCUUAUAUCAGAGAAAGCUAUUCAACUCAUCAACGCCCCACGUACUCGACUCCAUGAUGAAAUAAAAGGAAUCUCUGGUGCAGUUAUUAAUUCUAGAGGUAUCGUACAUGUCAACAUGUCUGCGAUCAAUGGAAAUCCUUUGGCUAAAAACCAUCCUUGUAUGGUUUUGAGUAGUAUCACAUCACCCCUGCCUCAGAUACCAGUUUCACACCAGGUUAAGGAAUCUUUGAAACAUUUUAUCCUAGCCGAUCCCUGUUUCGAUCAGCCUGGAGAGAUAGAUUUACUUAUCGGUGCAGACUUAUUUGCCCUAACCCUCACAGGCGAACAGCAUAGAUUAGGACAAAAUUUACCUCAAGCUCUUGGAACCAUUUUUGGUUUUGUUGUGAUGGGCCUCGCUCCUGUAGCCUCUGUAGCAGGAAACUCAUCAAACACAUUUCCCAUCUCACUCUUGACAACUCAUGAUUUGGACCUUCAUAAUUCACUUCAAAAAUUCUGGACGCUAGAAGAACCCCCAAUACGGAUCAAGGCUCAGACUGAGGAAGAUACCCUCUGUUUACAACAUUUUGAAAACACCCAUAGACGUGAUGACUCAGGUCGUUACAUAAUCGAGCUGCCCAAGAGACCAAAUCAUUCCCCUCUUGGUGAAUCUUGUACCAAAGCACAAUUGAGACUUAGCUCGAUGGAAAGGAAAUUCUCUAAUCAACCCGAGUUACAAAGGCUCUAUUCUGAAUUUAUGGAUGACUACAUUGAAUCAGGUCAUAUGACUAUUUGUAAAGAACCUCCCACCUCUGAAUACUAUUAUUUGCCUCACCACGGUGUCUUCAAGGAGAAUCCCCCGAAUUCAAAAAUACGUGUUGUUUUUGACGGCAGCGCUAAAACUACUAAUGGCAUAUCAUUGAACGACAUUCUCAUGCCUGGUCCCAAACUUCAAAAUGAUAUCAGUGAUGUUUUAUUGUAUUUUAGAUGUCAUAAAAUUGUAUUCACCUGUGACAUACGUCAAAUGUAUCGUCAGAUCUUGGUUUCUGAUAAGGACAAAAGUUAUCAAAUGAUAUACUGGCGCGCUAGUCCAGAUGAUCCACUCCAAACGUACAAACUCAAUACAGUUACAUAUGGGCUUAAUUGUUCCCCUUUUAUUGCAAUCAAAACCUUGCACCAGCUAGUUUUGGACGAAGGUCAACCAUACCCACAAGCUUCUGAUAUCUUGACCAAGUCUAUCUUCUAUGAUGAUAUUAUAGCUGGAGCUGAAGAUCUUGAUAAAGCUAUGUCAGCUCAAAAUGAACUGAAAACAUUGCUGUCUAAAGGCGGUUUUGAACUCCGUAAGUGGAUCAGUAAUGCACCCCAACUCUUGGAUCAGAUUCCAGUCGAACACAAAGAAUCACCAGUGGAGUUGACUGAUGGUAGUGAGGCCUUCUACAGUGUAUUGGGUUUAAGAUGGACCCCAGAGACAGACAUGCUCUCAUACAAAGUAAAGAAUGUUGAAGUAGGCCACUUGCUAACCAAGAGAAUGAUUCUCUCAACAAUCGCUAAACUCUAUGAUCUCCCAGGAUUUCUCACACCUGUAAUAUUUUGGGCUAAAACACUCAUUCAAUAUCUUUGGACCACAGGUCUAAAAUGGGAUGAUCCAAUUCAAGAUGAGAUAAGAACAAAAUGGAUUUCCUUUUUAGAAGAACUACCCGUGAUCCAAAACCUAAGGAUCCCACGUUACAUCUUUACCUCAACUCAUAAGCUUGCAGAACUUCAUGGUUUCAGCGAUGCUUCGGAGAAAGGAUAUGCUGCAGUAGUCUACCUCCGUGUGAUCAACUUAUCGAAUGAUGUUAAAAUUAAUCUGAUAAUGGCCAAAUCUAAAGUCGCCCCACUAAAAAGAGUAUCUCUGCCUCGUCUCGAACUGUGCGGUGCUCACCUACUUGGAAAGCUCCUGCAAUACUGUUCAAAUCUUCUUUCGUCCCACAUUAAGAUUGACUCGAUGUAUGCAUGGUGUGACUCUACCAUUGUUCUUACAUGGAUACGCACUCACCCCUAUCGCUUAAAAGUUUAUGUGGCCAACCGUGUCUCAGAACUACAAGAAUUAAUUUCUCCUGAAUCAUGGCAUUACGUCAAGUCCCUAGACAACCCAGCAGAUUGUGCAACCCGAGGACUCUCCCCAUCUCAACUCUUAAGCCACCAAUUGUGGUGGAAGGGACCUGAAUGGUUAUACUUGUCAUCAGAUCUUUGGCCAAAGCCCGAAUUCAGUUUAAUCACUGAUCAAGACACUCUUGAAGUCAAACCAAAUCCCUUGAAUGUCCUAGUUAACGUUGAAAAGUUAGAAAAUUACAGAUUUGAUUUACUUGAAAAAUUCUCAUGCUUUAGAAAACUUGUAAAUGUCACUGCUUAUGUUCUACGAUUCAUCCAUAAUAUUUGUGGGAACGCCCGACUAGCUGGACAACUUAGUUAUAAAGAGAUCUCUUCUGCUAAAAUGAAUCUCUUCAAACUCAUUCAAAUUUCAUCUUUCAAGGAUGACAUCACAGCUCUGAAAAAGGGCACUCAGUGCAGCUUAAGACUGGCUCGAUUAUCACCUUACAUUGACGAUAACGGUUUGGUAAGAGUAGGCGGUAGGUUGAAACAUUCAAACCUUACUCAAGAUGCCAAAUACCCAAUCCUGUUACCUAAAUCUCAUAAUGUUGUAAAACUGUUGGUCAUGCACUAUCAUCUCAAAUAUUUACAUGCAGGCCCUCAGUUGCUGCAAUCGAUCCUCACUCAAGAAGUAUGGAUAUUAUCUGCUCGUAGUGUAAUCAGAUCUGUAAUCUUUAAAUGUCAAAGAUGUUUUAAGUUGAAACCUACAAAUCAACCUCCACUUAUGGGAGACUUACCCGAAACUCGACUACGGCCUGUAAGACCAUUCUAUCAUACUGGCAUGGAUUAUAGCGGUCACUUUGAAGUGAAAGUACACACCACUAGGAAUUCUCAAAAGCUUAAGUCAUACCUCUGCCUAUUUGUUUGCUUUACCACAAAAGCGGUGCACUUGGAAGUUGUAACUGAUCUCUCAGUGGACUCAUUCAUUGCUGCUCUUAAAAGAUUUGUUUCUCGUCGUGGACUUUGUGCUCACCUAUACUCUGAUUGUGGAACAAACUAUGUCGGUGCCUCCAAGCAACUGAAUAAGACCUUCCAGAAUUUCAUUGAUGAAAGGAAUACUCAAGAUGCUCUCACUAACUUCGCCCUCGAUCAUUCAAUUAAUUUUCAUUUCCAACCACCAGCCGCGCCUCACCAAGGAGGCCUUUGGGAGAGUGCCAUAAAGAGCUCAAAGUACCAUCUCAAGAGAGUAAUUGGAGAUCAAAUUCUAACACUAAUGGAGCUGAUAACCCUUGUCACGCAGGUGGAGGCAGUAUUGAACUCUCGUCCACUAACAGCUCUAUCAGCAGAUCCAUCUGACAUCACAGCACUCACCCCAGGUCAUUUUCUCAUCGGGACAUCUCUUGUCGCAGUACCUGAAGUAAAUGUAUCCGAUAUUCCUGACAAUCGACUAAAGCAUUGGCAAACAGUUCAGGCUCUACAUCAGCGCUUCUGGAGAAGGUGGCACCAAGAGUAUUUGCACCAGCUUCAACAAAGGAAAAAGUGGAUAAAGCCAAACAAGAAUCUUGAAGUAGGCGAUUUAGUCAUUAUCCAUGACCCAAAAACACCACCACUUCUCUGGCCUCUUGGUCGCAUUGUGAAGACAUCACCUGGAGCAGAUGGCAUCGUUCGAGUUGUCUCCAUCAAGACUUCGAGAGGAAUCUUCUGUCGCCCUGCUACCAAGGUGUACCCGCUCCCCUAA